AUGUCCAUCGCCUUGACGACGUGCGAAUCAUCAGAGAUCGACAGACCAUCACGCCAAUUUGGCUUUUUGCGCUUUCCGACUCUAGAGGAAGCUCAGGACUUCAUGGAUCGCCACUAUCCGACAAUCUACCUUUAUGGCGAUAGCAGUAAAGCCCAAGGUGAUCCUGACGAUUCCAGGGUCCGCCUCAGCUACGGCAAGGAGCGUCGCGACACACGCCCUGAAGAUACCGACUGGAUUUGCUCUUCCUGCAACGUCAACAACUACGCGACUAGAUCGAAAUGCUUCCGAUGUCAGACCCCGAAGUCAGAUGCGGCUGCAGUUGCAAAAAUUGCCAACAUCGGUGACAACGAUGCAUCUCCGGACAACACACCUUCCCAAUUCCUUCUGAUUCGCGGUCUGGAGGCAUCCGUGUCGGAAGAAGUCUUUGCCAAAGGCAUAGCAAAGCUCAAUAAGCCUACAGGCAUCACUGGCUCCUCCACCUCCAACCCUGGCAAAAAGGGUGCCAAGGUAGCUUCUACGACCGGCGACGCAAACCUCGGUGCUAGGGAGGGCACAUUACGCCGUGUUCUCCUGGUGCGCGAUCGUCGUACCAAUGAUAGUUGGCGCUAUGGCUUCGCCGAGUAUGCAUCCAUCGAGGACGCUCAAGCAGCCAUCACGCGCUACAAUUCGUUCGAUCGAUUCACCAUCGCCUCCAAGCAUGUUCUUGUCAGCUAUAUCCACGCUGGUGUCUUCGUGCCGGUCAUCAAUCCCGCACCGAGCGUCGAACGCUUCCUCUUCUCUCCGCUCAACAAUCCAUCACUCAAGCUCGCCUACUGGGAUGAGGACGCCUAUGUCACCGAGUUGGUAGUCUUUGCGCCAGACUCAACUGAAACAGAUCUACGCACAGGCCAAGCUAAGCUCGCCGAUUCCGAAGGUCUGAAGUCUAGCAGCGCUAAAGAGAAAAACAACGCAGCGAUCAGAAAGCGCAAAGCCGAGUCCUCCGACCCCUCAACAACAAAGAAGCCUGCUCCGUCCCAUCUCCAGUUCUGGAGCAAUCGUCAUGCCGAGCUACACGGUAUUAAGUCGUCUGGUAGUGCCAAUGGCUCCGAGGAUGGCGAGCUUUCCACCUCUUCCACACCACUCGUGGCUACCACACAAUCCUUCGCAGACCCUGUCCGCCACUGCUGCUAUCUGUGCAUGCGCCAAUUCAACGACGCUGCCGAAGUGAAUGCACACGAGCGCGUAAGUGAGCUGCAUCGUGCUAACCUGCGCAACAAGGCAAAACUACAGAAGGCAUUGGCGAAGCUAAGUAAGCAUGGCGUUGCUAUUAUCCCUGUUGAAACAGAUGGAGGAGAAGUUGCAUCAGAGUAUCGCGAUCGCGCUAAGGAGCGCAGAAAGGUCUAUGGCGUAGUCAACAAAAAGGGAAAACAGGUCUCCGCAUCCAAAUCCAAGCCGAAGUCGAACGCCUCGUCUUCUGAUGCUGAGACUCCCGCACCGAGCAAGGGAGCCGCGCUUCUGUCCAAGAUGGGCUACACAGCAGGGCAAGGUCUAGGCGCCUCGGGCGAAGGCAGGAAAGAGGUCAUCAGUCAGGAUGUGUAUGCGCCCGGUGUCGGACUCGGUGCGCAGGGCGGCAAGAUGGGUGACGCUGUCGAAGCAGCAGAACGAAGUACCAAGGGAGGUUUCCAGGACUGGUUGGAUCAGGGACGAGAACGUGCGAGAGAGCGGUAUCAGGGGCUAGAGUAG